GCUGUCAGAAACAGCAAGCACAGACUUUGCUGAGUGAACGGUUUGCUCUCCUGUGAGCUGCAACACUCUCUCCUCACCCCAGUCCUUUACAAUGUUUUGUUUUUAAACCUGGACGUUGUAUGUGCAACUUCAGUUGCAAAAAGCUGCCUUGGGAUUCUGAAGAAAGUAUCACCGACUUCAAAGUAACAUUUGGAUGGCCACUUGGGAAGCUGUAGUGGCUACUGUAGUACUUUGAAGAUCUGUAGAGGGUGAGAAAAUAAGUAUUAUCUUUUCAGUGUUUCAUUACUUGUAAUUUUAAAAACCUCUAUGGACCUUGAUGAUGAGAAACCAGCAAAUUCCUACAAGUAGAGUAAAUGACUUAUGUUCAGAGAUAGGUGCUUCAUGCACAGGUCACAAAUUUCAUUAGUCAGUCAGUUCUCAGCAUCAAAUGAAAGGCCAGCUUCAUUUCAUCGAAAAGAGAGAUUCCAGUGACACAUGGACCAUGAACCAAACAGCCGACACCACCACGAGUGUAUACAUGUUCCACAGGUUGGGAAACAGCAAACACAAUGAUGAAGAUGAUGAAGAGAGAUCAGUAAUUGCACAGCCUGUAUUUGUUUUCAAGAAGGAGCGACCUUACAAGAGGCCUGCAGAAGACCCUGUAUGCAAGAUUGAAAAUGUUUCCGUUGGUUAUUCCAGAAAACGUGCAAGAUCGUUAUCUUUUUCUUUUCAGACUUCUGACUCUCAGUCAUACAGAGAAAUUGUGCUCUCGCAUAAACGAGUGAGAUCAUCUUCCUUUACCAUCCUUCCAACAUUUCCACCAUCCCAGCCAGUAAAGAAGAAUAACAUAUUUAUGACCUCAGCACUACUACAAAAGAGCAUUUCUGCUAAUGCUACAGAAAAAGGUCUUCCAUCAACAAAUGUGCAACAGGAUGUUUUAAAGCCUGCCAUCUUACAGCCUCCACAAGUUCCUUUGUGCACACCAGAAAAGAAGACUGGGACUGAAAAUAUCCUGGAGAAUAAUCGGGAACCUGAAACUGAGGUAUCUGGAGUCCCUUAUUUCUGGGCCGAUGACUCAGGCAAGCCAUUUCUCUCUCUUCACAUUUCAGGCCUUAAAACCAUGGGCAACCAGCUACCUGAAGGCAGAACUUUCUCAAACAGUAGACAUUCGGACUUUGUGUUUGGAGAAAAUAUAGUAGAAAGAGUUUUGAGGCCAGAGAAAUCCCCAGACCUGCAUUCAGAAAACAAGCCACACAAUGAGAGAGAAUCCACAUUUCCUACAGGUUUUCAUGCCAGGUCUCCAUGGACAACAUCAUUUUUUGCCAAGGAUACAACACUAGUUGAAUCAGCUGCUGCUUACGUAUCUAGCAAAGCAACACAGAGAUAUUUAUUAGAUAAAGUUGAAGUUACAACAGGAGAAGAAGCAGAACACAAUGUCUUACAGAUCAACUGCAGGCUUUUUUUGUUCAAUAAAGCAUCGUUGUCUUGGACUGAAAGAGGUAGUGGCUCUCUGAGGCUUAAUGAUACAUCCAGCAAUCAGUGUGGAAUGCUGCAGUCAAGACUGAUCAUGCGAAAUCAAGGGAGCAUGAGGCUUAUUCUUAACACCAAACUCUGGACUCAGAUGGUCAUAGAAAGAGCAAAUCGGAAGAGCCUGUGCAUCACAGCGUCAGAUUUGGAGGACUGUUCUGUCAAAGUGUUUCUAAUACAGGCAAGCUCAAAAGAUGCUGCAUCUCUAUAUGCAGCAAUCCACCACCGUCUUGUUGCACUGAAGAGCUUUGCUGAUCAGGAGUGUGAAGUGGACCCAGAGUCAGAUAUUCAGACAUUAAAUUGUGACAGUGAUGAUGAGGAGAAUGAAAAAGUAACACAAGUAAGCAACAACAAAUCAGCAUGUGGCAGAAAACUUCAAAGAUACCUGUCUCUUUUUCUCUAUGAAAGUGCACCAACAACCACGAUUGAUCUAAAAGAUAUACAAAAAUGGAUCAUUCUCAAUGGAUUCGCAGGCAGCCUGUGGUCUGUUCGUGACAACUUACUACCUCCAAUCAAAGUAAAAAGAAUGGGAACUUGUCUAGUUAAAAAUAUGUUGAGAGAUCUUAAGGCAUCAGUACAUGAGGAAAUUAUGUACAUUUGUUGUAUGAUGAUAGGGCAAAGACAUUUGAAGAUUGACUUGGAACACUGAGGAUACAUGAAAGAAGCACUUUAUGGGUUCCAGCUGUCGUUCCUUUUACUCAAACAGGAAUCCAAGAAUGGUUCCAGCUCUUCAUAAUAAUUUUUUUAAAAGCUUCAGAUUUUGGAACAAAUCAUCUUUAAGGGCAGUUUUAAAGAAAAGGAUAAUCCUUACCCAUGUUCUUUUAUCAUAUUGAUGGAAUUCAUCAUUUAUCUAUGAAUUACUGAGUGUAAUUUCUACAUAGAUUAUCUACCUAUUGGCUGUCCAUAAAAAACUUUGUAAUGCCUAUAUUGAGUACAGUUAUAAAUAUUUUUAAACAGCCAAAUCCUAACAUUCAGCAGCUGAUAUCUGUGCAAACAUUAUUUCUGCAUCAUAAGCCAUUUUAGGGAACUUCCCCAAUCCAGCAAAUAUAAUAUGAAUAUAGAACUAGAUCUCUGCAGUUGGAUGUGCUAUAUGCACAAAAAUAUUUGUGUGUGUGUACAUGUUGGUGGGUGAAGCUACAUUCAGCAGACUAGGAAUGUAUGCACAACAAUGCACGUCAUAUCCCAUAGGAAUCUCCCAUGUGACCAAAGCUUGUGCUCUGGGCACCGUUUUUCAGAGGGGGACAGCAGUCUACUCUGGAUUAGGCUAAAAAUCUAUUAAAUUAUUUUAUUUAAAUGAGAUUCUUUGUUAAAUAACUGAGCACUGGAUUAUGCUUUAAUCUUUCAUAUAAGUAGGUAACAGUCCAGCGAUAUUUGCACCCAUUUGCCUUUUUGUCUACAUAGUUAUGCAACCACAUAGGCAGCUAUAUAUCUUGCAUGCAAUGGAUUAAGAACAUAAGAAGAAUCUGCUGGAUCAGGCCAAUUGGCUAUCUAGCUAGCCUAUCUAGUCUAGCCCUGUUUCCCACAGUGGCCAAUCAGAAGUAUAUGGGAAGCCCAUAAGCAGGACAUGAAGGCAAUAGUUCCAUCCUGUUGUUAUUCUCCAGCAGCUGGUAUUUAGCCUGGUUCAAUCAUAAUGCUAAACUGUGAUUUAUUUAACUAUGGUUUAUUAAAACAUGGCUUAGUGUUAUGUGUGAACCAUGCCCAACAUCUGAAUCCAUGGUUUGUUGUUGGCUUACAAAUGUUGGUAUGUUUAACUGGGCUGGUGUUAACACGUGAACUCAACACCCUUCCUUAACCAAAGUUUGUUUGACCAUCCUAGAUGCUCACCAAACUGCAAAAGCAAGCAGCAAGAGCAGCUGGAAACAAACUUUGGAGAAACAAGCCAUGAUUUGUUUGAUCAUAUGUGGGACAACUUACGGUUAAAUCAUGGUUGGUUAAAUGAUGGCUUAGGCUGCAAUCCAAUACAUACUUACCUGAACCCAAUGGAGCUUAGUUCUGACUAGUUAUGUAUUGGAUUGCAGACUUAGUGUUAUGUGCAAACCAGGCCAAUGUCAUGCUAUCUCUGCCCCUGAAGAUAAACAUAUAGCCAUCAUAACUAGCAGCCAUUUAUUAGCCUUAUCCAUAAAUUUGUCUAAUUCCCUUUUAAAGCCUUUCAGUUGGUGGUCAUUACCAUAUUUGGUGGUAGCAAAUUCCAUAGUUUAUGUGUCGUAUGAAGACACACUUUCUCUGUUUGUCCCAAAUCUCAACUUUAUUGGAUGAUUCUGGAUUUUAGUAUUAUGAGAAAAACUACUCUUUCCGCUUUCUCCACACCAUACAUAGUUUUACACUCCUCUAUCACGUCCUCAUUUGCCUUUUUUCUCAACUAAAAAUCCCCAAGCAUUGUAACUUUUCAUCAUAGGGGAGUCCCUCCAGCCCAUUUACUAUUUUGCUUGCCCUUUUCUGCACCUUUUCCAGCCCUACAGUAUCCAUUCUGAGGUGCAGCAACACUGGACAUAGAACUCCAAGUGUGGUCAGAUUUUGCAUAAAUGUCAUUUUCUGAAAAUUAUACCUCAAACUUUCAAAACCAGCAGGAGACAAGACAGCAAUUUGUCAAUGCAUCUAUUUACCCUUUUUGCCAGCAUUAAAUAUGUAAUUAUGUAGACAGUUAAAUAUUUUGCAAAGGAAUGCACCAAAAAUGUUUCUGAAAUCCUGCUGAAAACAUUGCCUGAUGUGUGAGAGAUAUCCUAUUGCCAAAGGUAAUAGCUUUCUUAUUAACUACAUGCAUGCUUAAAAGCUAGUAUCUUGUUUGCUCAGAAUGUAUCUCUUAGCCUAGCACACACAACAGUCCAAAGAGUAUUUCCAAAGCUAGUAUUGAUACCAAAAAUUCCACAAGUUACUGGAUGCUUUUAAAAGAAAAAUGUUCAGGGCCAUACCCUUUCUGUGUUACUAAAUGAGCCACCAUUUUCUUGGUUUAUGAACAACACCUUUCAUAUAUAAAGUGGGUCAUGCAAUGCAGUUCUGUGCCCUUCUACUUGGUAGUAAAUCCCAUUGUGUUCAAUGAAUGUGGUAAAGACUGCAACCUUAAUAUCAUUCAUCCUCAUAUCUCUCCUGUGAUACGGGCUACCUUUGUCCCUAUUUUUCAUAUAAUUAAUUGAGGCUGCUGUCCAUAAGAUGAACCCUGCUAGAUCAGACUAACAGCUCAUCUUGCCUAGCAUCCUGUUUUCCCAACCAGAUGCCUAUGGGAAGCGCACAAGCAGGACAUGAGUGCAAUAGCACUCUCCCUACUUGUGUUCCCCAGCAACUAGUAUUUACUGCCUCUGACACUGGAGGUAGUACAAAGCCACCAUAACUAGUAGCCAUCAAUAGCCCUAUUUUCCAUGAAACAUUCUAAAUCCCUUUUAAAGCCAUCCCCAAUUUGGUGACCAUCACUAUAUCUCGUGGUAGAAAAUUCCACAGUUUAACAAUGUUGUGUGAAGAAGUAUAUUUUUACCCCUUUGCAAGCCAUAAUCCUUUUAUUUCUUUGCAAUCCUAUUAAAUAUUAUUACCUUGUCUUGGAAGAAAGUGGUGUGUGGCCUCAACCCCUAGACAAGAGACUUCCACCUCAGAAACACCGAACUGUUUGCUUGACUGUUUAGCCAUUCUUAAUCCGUCCUCCCUAAUUUAAGAUAACACUGCUCUGGAUCAAUUACUCUAGGCAUCUUGUAUAUUAAGGACAGUUGCUUCAUCCCCAUCAUAUUAGAUGCUGACAUGAGCCAUGAAUCUAAUAGAAAGCAAUUUGCUCAAUCAAUAUUGUCUAGCUAAUUCAUAAUCCAGCUCUGCCAUGAUAUUGUAGACACAUUUGAUUCCUUUUGUUGAACUAUUCUUGAUUAAUUAAUAGUAUAAUCCAGCUCUAAGACACUGCAGAGAUUUAAAGGCGGAGAGGUGAAAAGAAGCCCUUGCGCUGAGCAAUAAUUUCUUCACCAAACUCUAAUUUUUGAAAUCACAUUUACAAUAUAUAAUCUGUAGGGUAGUUGACAGAAGAGCCUACUACUACCAACAAUGGCAACGGGGGUGGGGCGGGGCUGCUGAAGCAGUAACCAACACUCAAUCUAAUCUUAACCUUGAAUUCUAAAGGAGGGAUCAUCCAAAGAACCAAACAACUGGUUAUGUGUGUCCAGUGUUUUGGGGUUUGUAUUUCUUGAACACCUGGCCCCUAUGACACAUGAUAAACCACAAAGUGGACAUGAUUCUUCAGCGUAGUCUGUGGUGCAGCACAGUGGCUGACUAUUCAAAGGGGUGAGGUGGGGAAGGAGUUUUUAGAAAACCCAUUCAGCAUUAGAGAUGGAAAUAUCUUGUCAGUUUCAGUUUUCUCAGUUUCUCAUUUUUCCAGUCUUAAAUUCAGUUCACAUUUCUGCAGCAAUUUGCAAUUAAAAAAAAUCAGCAUGAACAGGCUCCAACAUUUCGUGUCAAUUUCUCCUAAUGAACACAUAUCUGUGUAGGCAGUUUUGACUACUGUACACAUUUUUGCAAGCAAUUUCUCAUAAUGCAUUUUUGUAUGUUAUUUUCACUCAUAUUCAUUUUUAUGCACACUUUCCCCUAACAUAUACAUUUUUUAAAACAUUGGUUGGUUGGCGAACUGCAUUGCAAAAUUAAGUAAGUGCGUUUCGGUUCUCAUAUUGUUUUAUAAAGUGCCAAUUUGAUAGAUUUGGCUUAAAAUGUGAACUGAAUCAAAUUUCUUACACAUCCCUACUCGGCAAGCACAAGCCCUUAGGUUUGGCUAAACUAGCUCUUUGGAUCUCAGCCAGCGUUUUAAAUAAUAAAAUAACACAUGUCCUGAAAUGAAAGUUUGUCUUAUAGAUGGCACUUAAUUAUCGGUAGGGAUAGCAAAUGAAUCAGCUGAACUUGGAUUCCAGAGUUGACUCACCUGAUUCAGUCCAGGCAGAUCAUAAUCCUGAUCAGAUUAUGAGUCCACUUCAGCAUCUGCAGUCCAGCAGAUUCCAUUACAAGGUGGUCUGAAGGCAUGGAAAUGGUCUUGUUCCCAUGUAGAACUGGCAUGGUCUGGACUGUAAUGGGUCUGUCCAUCCUUACUUCCAGGUGCAUGUUACUUACCCGUUGAAGUCUACUAAUAAGUAACUCCAAGACAGUGUAGGUUAACAUUGAAUAAUCAUACUGGCUUCAAAGAAAUGCAAAUAUUUUAUUACUUGACUUUCUUUAAACUAUAUGGGAAAACUUAAAAUCCUAUGCUGCAGGGGCCAUAUGACUCUAAUAAUGAGCUCUACACAAAUGUGAUAUUUUAUUCUUGAUCUUCUUAUACUUUUAAAAAAGUGCUACUUUAGUAUUAUUGUAUUGCCAUGAAGGUCUUUAAAAAGCUAACAUAUAUUAUUUGUAUACAAGAAGUUAGGAAAGUAUUCCAUAUACUGUGUUU